AUGAUCUCGCUCUUCCUCUUGACUUGCUCUGCCUCGACCGAAGGGUACAACACGAUCUGGCCUUGCCUGUCUGCAGGUUUGGUCUGUCUGCUCACAGUUGCUGUUCGAUCCCUCCUGGCCGGCACUGGCUUUCUCGCAAGAGUGCCGCAAUCGGACAGGCUAUUCUUUGCCGCCGCCCUUAUUGCCUCGGGCAUCGCUCUUAGCACCGAGCAGAUUCUCGAGCCCUUGCGCGACCAUCGUCAGCAAAUCCGCAUGAGAGCGAUAUCACAGAUCUUGCGGAGUCUGCCCGCUCUGGAACAUCUCAGCGUUGUUGAUCAGCUCAACUGGGAGCAUGAAGAUAUCUUGCCAUUUGAUGCGCUUGACGGGCUUGAACUUGAACAUCAUCCAAAGUCACUGACAUAUUCAAACGAUUUUUCGUCGAGCUACGCCGCACUGGCGAGCCUUUUAAGUCAUCUAGACGGUAUACGUUGCUUGCGUCUCCGCAAGAUGGGUCAGAUCGUUACUGCCGCUAACGCAUCAGAACGUCGAGCAUUCUGGAUCUGGCCAGAACGGCGGCCCCCCUUGCGCCUGCGCAGACUCACUGAGCUAUACCUAGAUCAAGCGGACCUGUCUUGGCAGGACAUCUGUGCGCUCGUUCCGCCAACGCUGUCUGCGCUGUCGGUACGCCGGCCCAACCUGCCCGGCUUCGAAAGCAUCUUCAACCACUGCUGUGGUAGCCUGAGAGUUCUCCUCGUACAUCAUGCCGAAACGAUUGCACCUACGAUCAAUUUUAGCAAGCUUCAGCGUCUUCAGGCAGCAAGCUUUUCACACGUUCUCAUCGGACCAAUCAUUGGUAGCGCGCCCGACGAAGUCUCGACGGCGCAGGACCUACAGAAUGAGCGCAUUGAGUGGCUUCAGCUAGCAUCUCAAGCGGCCUUGCUCAGUGCCCUCGAUAAGGCUCAAGGUUUGCGGCAUCUGCGAAUUGAUGUGCCGGUAUCAUACUCGACUGGCUACAACUUAGCCGUCUUUGCCAAGCGAAUGCCUCGCCUCAGACGAAUGACGCUGCUCUCAGCCGGCAGUAGCGCCAGCGAGCAUGUAGAGACAUUGAUCGAAGCUUGCCAUGCUAUUGACGUUCCGGUCGACAUUCGAGAGACUGUUGUCUACAAUGCACAGUGA